AUGGCUCUCCAGGGUCUUGCCUUUCAGUCCAGCUCCAAUCUAGGCUGGGGAGAAGCUUACCUGGCAAUAGAUAAUAAUACCAAUCCCAACCUCUUGUACGGGUCCUGCAGCCAGACUACCUAUGAGUUCCAGCCAUGGUGGACAGUGGACUUGAGACGUGGCUAUCUCAUCAAUAAUGUUACGAUUACCAACCAGAUGAGCAACCAGAAAAGCCUUCUGUCUGGGGCCGAGAUCCAUGUUGGAGAAGACAUACAAGGCUAUGGAAUAUAUAACCCAAUCUGUGCUAUCAUACCUUUAAUGUCCUCGGGAGAGACUAGGUCAUUUCCAUGUGGGGAUAUAUAUGGACGUUACAUCACAGUGGUCAUACCAAACCGUAGUGACACGCUAACACUAUGUGAAGUUCAGGUGGCUGUUCUGAACAUGCCAGGUAUAAUGACUUACAGAUAA